AUGAUUAAUAGUAAAAAACAAUUAUUAUUGUUUGUAUUGGGUAUAGUUCUGAUACUUUGUAUUGGACAAGUAAAGGGAGAUGAAUUUGACGAACUUUAUAGAGGCCCACAUCCACACCCAGAAAAAUGUCAUGAAAAGGAGAAAUGUGAGAUAAAGUGCAAUACUGGCAGGGGAUGUGAAGCUAUUCCCAUCAAGUGUAAUACUGGAAACGACCAACAUCAUCACAACAAGGGUUGUAACGAUGACCCAUGUCAAACCAUCCCUUUGCGUUGCAACACUGGUAAUAGUGGUGGUCCUAUUCAUACUGGUACUGGGGGCACUACACGUAGACCAUCUUCGGGAUCUUCGGUCUUCCCAACACUCGGUACUACGCACCCCCACACUGGUACAACCAUAGCCUCCACCAUUGCCUCUACUACCGCCUCCACAACAGCCUCGACAGUUGGUACUUCUUCAACCGUCGGAACUACUGCAGUCUGA